GGAUAAUUUCCGAUGAGGUAUAAAAGAGGGCAGAAGGCAGCACCUGCUUUAAUUUCAUAUUCCUAAUUUCAGUUCGUCUGAGUGGCUUUUGCCUUUCAUACUCCUGAAAGAAAAAAUGGUCCCACCACCUUCCUUCGAACCAUAUGUUCUGACCCCCCUGGACCAUUCAACGGCGUCCGUUCAUUUCUCGUUCUUUGUUACCUUUCUUUGUCAAGAUCCCGCAGCAGGAUGUUCAGUAUUGGAAAGAGGUGUCCAGCGCCUAACUACGCGGCUACCCUUUCUAUCAGGCAACCUGGUCCAAUCCAUUCAACGAAAAGGCACCAAGAAUGUCUUCGAGGUGCAACAGACAGAUCCAUCCCAUUGGAGCAAACUGCCCAUGCUCAAGAUCAAGCAGCAUGCACAGUAUAUCUCACCCCGGAAUGUCAAUAGGAACACCCCUGCUCUAUCCCCCGACGAUCUUUUCAAUCCUCACUAUAUGCCUCUCCCAUUUUAUAUACCUCCCUCCGAACCGCAGCCGCUUUUACGACUACAAGCAAAUGUGAUGACCGAUGGCAUUGUUCUCUGCGUGUCCUUCCAUCAUAUGGCCAUUGAUGGUAUUGGGAUAGGAUCAAUUCUACAGGCUCUUUCUGAGUGCUGCCGCAAUCCUGACCAACCUCCCGAAAGACUUUCGACCUCUCCUGAAAGUGAGGCACAAAGCAGGGCAAGAAUAUAUCAGAGCACAAAUGAAAGUCACCUGGCCAGGGACGACGGCGGUGGGUCCGAUAUUCAGCAGGCAGCACCAAGCUCUAACCUUGGAGCCCCAAUCAGUCGCCGCUUUUGCCUCGACGUUGAAAAGAUCAGAAGGCUGCGCGAAGCCUGUACUACAGCCAUAAAAGCCGGAAAGGAUAUGGCGCGCCGGAUUAAUCCGUCAAGCCCUAAAUAUGAUGCUAGCUGGCAAGGCUUCUCCAACAAUGAGAUCGUAACCGCUUUGAUCUGGCUUUGCGGGACACGUGCACGGUCCCGUGCGACAUCAGUAGAGAGGGAUAGGUCUUCAUUCGCUGGCCUCAAUUCUUCUCUCUUGUUUGCGGUUGAUGUUCGUGGGAUUCUCAACAUUCCAAGUACAUACCUGGGCAAUGCAAUCGUCACUCCUACAUCCACGUACCAUUUCAAAAGUACAGAGUUGCAUGAUGCAGAUCAUUUGGUGUUCAAUUCGGACACUAGUGACACGUUGCAUGAAUUUAACCCAAAUGACAUUACUCUUCUUAGCAACCUGGCUCUGUCCGUCCAAAAAACAUACCGAUCUGUCAACCCCGAGCAUGUCCGGAAUAUCAUCUCGCAUAUCAUGGCGAGUAAAGAUUGGUACCUUCCCGCCAAGCUUGGUGACUUGUCAGUCAGUAGCAUGCGUGGCGUACCGUCGUAUGAUAUGGAUUUUGGCCCAGGUUUGGGUACCCCUUAUGACGUUGAUGCACCGGAUAACAGAGCAGAUGGUGUUGCCUGGCUUCUAUCCCCACGUUCAGAAUCUAGUGCUCGAUUAUUAGGCUAUCAAAGGCGGGGAUUCUGGGAGGUCCGACUUUCACUGAACUCCGUUGCAAUGAAAUCCCUUAGAAGCGACAGGCUUUGGUGCCAGGUCACCACGGAGAAAGCCAUUGAAAGUAUUCCAAACAAAUUGUAGGAACCUGAUGAUGAAUCUAUUGAAGUGGUAUCCAUAUGCAUAGCCUUUUGUGCAGGUAAUAAUAGUGGGCAGUGAGCUCUUGUAGGAGCCACAUCAAAGUCAUGUGUAACAUCGAAAUCUCACGGAAAAAAUAUCCUGUAAAGGGCUCUAGAAGAGUCUGAGUCCUGUUUAUAGUCUGGCUGUUAUUUUUACUUCAGCAGGCUCUUGUCAUUCUUGCACUACAAAGGUGAGAAAAUGAUUGUGCUUGCACAUCGUCCGAAGAUCCAUCCACACCUCCCUAUCCCGCAGAACUUAGUCUUGACCUAGUAGUAGC